GCAGACUGCUAAUCAAGUUUCUCACCAAAAUUAGAAUCAGGAAAUUAUAGGAAGAGAUAAAACAACUCCGCGAUUUUUUCGGGUGCAGGAUUAAUUCAGAGAUGUGGAUUCUCGAGAUUGGGGGGAUUUUAAAAACCGUGGGAAUUUUAAGUGUAUAAUUCGGGAGUGAUUUUGAUUAGUGUAGUUCCCUGCCGGUUCCAGCCGGUCUUUGGUCUUGUUCUUGGUUCCUGGAGUCCGCAGUCGACAAGUUGACUGAGAUUUCGAGUAUGGCUGUGUUUAUGCUUAAUAUUUGCAAAUUCAACGACUGCGGCCUCACUUUCAAGAAUCUAGGAAGAUUGAUUCAACACAUAGAAGAAACUCAUAUCGCAUCGUCUCACGUACUUAGACUAUGAUCCUCAAGUCGUGGAGGAAAAGGAAAAACAACAACCGUCAUGCGUUCCUCUGUCCUACGUUCUGCGAUUUUUUACGGAUGCAGCAAGGAGAGAGAUUAUGAAGCCACUUCAAGUUCAAAACCGGCCCAAUAAUUGCCAUACAUCUUCUGUUCGAAUAAAAAACGACAGUCCAUCAGAAAUUGAAGGAGAUGAAGACUUUGCAAGCGAACCGGAUGAUAGCAAUGAUUCCUGGGCCACGACUGAAGAAUUUUCUACUGAUUUUAUUUUAAGAUACCGAAACAGGGGUGCAAAUCGUAGUCUUCCAACUGAAACCAGUAUCGACAAACCUUUCGCUUGCCCAGUACCAGGCUGCAAAAAAAGAUACAAAAACGUAAAUGGCAUAAAGUACCAUUCGAAAAAUGGCCACAAAAACGAUGGAAAGAUUAUACGGAAAGCUUUCAAAUGCCCAUGUGGAAAGAACUACAAAACCCAAUACGGUUUGAAAAAUCACGUCAAUGUUCAUCAUGGAAAUUCGUUGUCGAAUCUCAAGAUCCUGAGGUCAGAAAUGGAGAUCGAUCAGGAGGAAACGACUUUGGCUGAAGAAAUAAAAUUUCCUGCAAUGGAGGAUCACGUUUACGUGAAGCAAAAUCGAUCCAUGGAGAGAGACUGCGAAUCCCUGGGAAUUCUUACACCAGCGUCGACUCCACCUUUCUCAACUCAAAGUCCCACGAAGAUCGGAUCCACCGUCUACGAUCGGCAGGUUCGAUCGUACCAUAACUACUUUACCGUCCAAAAUUCCGAUCGUGAUUACAAUAACUAAAAAAUAAAUACUAGUUGUCAUUGGUGAAGGAAUUCGAGUAUGGCGUUAAUUCUGAAAGCUAGAACUAUGGAUCGUUAGAGUUAUGCAAAAGAAAAUAUUUGAAAAUCCUUUCUUUUCGCGACUUUAAUAUUUGAAGAUCAUUUUUUUUAAAUUUUGCAUGUUGAAGAGUUAAAUCAUUUGAAUUUGAAGUUUGGAAAGGUGAAUAUCAAAUAUUCUUCAUGAUUUCCCAUAGUUCUAGUCCUUAAAGAAACUGUGCACACGGCAUGGACAAGGUCCAUGUUCUCAGACCAAAGAAAAAGUCAAGCGCUCGAAUUCUCAAAAGUAAUGAAGCCUUUGUUAAGUACCUCAAAAAAAUCUAGUGACUCUAUAGUUGGUAAUUAGUGGUGUGUAUAAAAUUGUGAUAAGAGGACUGUAAAGUUUUGUAACGAAUAAAAAUGCGAAUAAGAAA